CCAUUGGCCAAUGAUCUACCGAAUAUCUUUACCCACUAUUCUUGUAUCCGUUCGCACCUGUAAUAGAUACCUAUUAUCUACAUAUGUAGGUUCUAAGCUCAGAUAGGGAUAGGUAAUCGAUGGAAAUUCAGCACCGAAAUUUUCUCAGCCUCUCUUACCACCUCCAUCAUCGGCCUCCGUUCACAAUACCUUUAGGUAUCAUCUUCUAACAUUCACACAGCCAUUACCCCUCCCUUUCCAUCAUACGCAUCAAAAUGCAUUGUGUUCGCCGAGCAGCACUCCGCGCGGCAUGCUCCUCUUCGAGAUUCGCCGCUGCGCCGCGACAGCAGAUUGUCGCGAUUGUAAUGCCCGCAGGGAAGACAAACGUGCAGCCCGCCAACGUGCUUUCUCUACCCCGUUAUUUCUCUCAGACCCGCGCCGUUGCAAAUGAAGAAAACUCUGCCGUCGAGAAUGCCAUCCGAGAGGCUGAAGACAGCGGUUCAACAGGUGAACCAAACUCAACCCUGCAGUCCAGCCUCACGGAGAAUCAGAGAAUUACCCAAGAGGGAUAUACUAUCUUCAUCAGCAACGUAACUUUUGAUGCGACCGAGGCGCAUCUGCAGGAGGCGUUUGGCAAAUACGGUGACAUCUUGCGAUCCAAUAUUGGACGCGAUGGACGAGGUCUAAGCAGAGGUUUCGGGUUCGUUACAUUUACCACCAAGGUGGCCGCGGAUCGUGCUGUCGCUGAAGCCAACAACUCAUUCUGGCAUGGACGCCGCAUCGUUGUAGACCACCGUAAACAGGGUCUUACAUCUAAUAACCGGACAGGUCGGGACAGGACUGAGCCCUCAAAGUCACUCUACAUCGGCAACAUCCCAUACGAGGCAUCUGAUGCGGAUCUGAACCAGUUGUUCCGCAGCCUUGACAACGUCAGCGAUGUUCGCGUGGCGAUCGACCGUAACACCGGCUGGCCUCGGGGCUUCGCCCAUGCUGAUUUCCAUGACGUCGACAGCGCCAUCAAGGCUCAUGACUUCCUUCUAACCCAAACGCUUGGUGGCCGAGCUCUACGCGUCGAUUACGCGGAGACUCGCAACACCACGUCCACAGAUGCGAAGGGCUCAUUGGAUUCUGAUUAGAACACCUUGUGUCGUCAAACGUACUAUGCAUGAUAUUUGCUGUGUCUAAAGAUUGCAGCGCUAUAGGUUGCGUGCUCUAAGCUUGUGGCUGCAUCUAUGUUACAAAAGCGCUGCUGGAAGCGCGUAUCAGGUUGUAGGAGGCUAUGGGCAAAUGGC